UUGUGCCAAUUAUACAAGUUUAUGUCAUAUUCGUUUAUUCAUGUAUAAAAUUUCCAUUCCAUUAUAACUUAUCAUGCCCGAGUAUGUAUUACCUAUUUUAAAAUUUUUAUCAUUUCAGAUUGAUCUAUCCCAUCAAACAUUUUCGUGAUUUUCUCGAAAAUGAUAUCCGCCUCGACGGUCGCGCCUUUGAUAAAUAUCGCCCGAUUGGCGUGAAUAUUGACUCAUUUCAACAUUCAUUAGGGUCGAGUGCAACAAAAAUUGGAAAUUCGAAUAUUCUAUGUGGCAUACGCGCAGAGUUAUCAAAGCCGCGUGCAGCUACACCACUAGCUGGCUACAUUGUACCCAAUGUAGAUAUGUCAUUUACAUCGUUUUCUAAAGCUGCAGCAUCGAGUAAUAAUCAAAAUGUUGCCGAAAUAUUGGAAUGUUUUAUAUAUAGGAUUUUAAAUGAAUCCCAUUGUCUGAAAUUGGAAGAUCUGUGCAUAUUCCCUGGCAAGCUUGUAUGGUGUCUUUAUAUAGAUAUCAUUGGUUUGGAAGUUGAUGGUGGCGUAUUCGAUGCCUCAAUUUUGGCUUGCGCUUCAGCACUUAGCACGCUCAAAUUGCCUAAAGUUGUAUAUGAUGAAAAAAGUGGGAAAAUAGAAAUAGGCGAUGAAAUGAAGGAAUUGCCUUUGAAUAUCUUUCCCGUGGUUAGCACAUACAGUAUGUUUGACAAUGUUGUGCUGGUAGAUCCUACUUAUCGGGAGGAGAGUAUAUCAAGCGCUGUAUUCCAUUUGGGUGUACAUAAAGAUACAGUAGGUUUAUUCCAUAAAAGUGGUGGCGUACCAAUUUCGGUAAAGGAAAUACAGCACUCAAUAAAAAAUGCUGUACAAAGGGAGCAAGAGAUCACAAACCUGUUAAAAAGCUUUAAAAGAAAUAAAUAAAUUUAACCAUUAAA